AUGGGAUGCGGGUCGUCGUCCCUAAAGCAUGCGACGAGCGACGAGGGAGUCGACCCUGCGACGCUGAAAACAGCCGAUGCGAAUCACCCGCCGCACCAGCAGCAUCGGCAAUCGCAGCAGAAUGACGGCGAGGGAGCGGGAAAGCACCAUCACGCUGACGAGGGAUCCGGCAAGACCGUUGCUCUAGACGCAACGGUCCCCGCCGUUCCGAGCGGCGAGAGCGACAACGCGAAUGCGAGGAAGGAUGGCGGAAAGGCAGGCGGUCCGUGGGGAAAGGGGGAGGGGGCGGCGGAGGACAGUGGCGCGACAGGGGCGGAAAAUGCUUUCGCCAGGGGGAAAAAAGGAGCGGAAGGGGGGCAGACGCAGCAGGAGCAUGAGCGGAGACCGAGUGGAGGGAACUACAAUCUGGACAAGGGGGGCGGGGGGAGCGCGCGCAGCAGUAGCAGUGAUGGCGGAGGGGCGCGGGAAGGGGGAGCGGCGUCGCAUAUGUGGCAGCACAAAGCGAAGCAGGCUGCAUAUGAUGAGAGUCUGAACUGCAUGCUCAAGACGCCGGUCAUUCCCUGCGUGGGAGCCAUACGCCAGAACGGCCGCACUGAGGUGAUGUCGUUUGAGGUGGCGCACGUGAUGGUGCGGCUGGUGCAGCUGCAGCACUCGCUGCAGGACACGCACAUGGCGCAGCUGGCGUCCGGCGUCAUUGCAUCGCCCGGCAUCGCUGCCCUCGUCACCCCCGACACCGACACCGCCUGGCGCAUCGCUGCCCUGGAUCGACUGAACGACCUGCGUGUGAUUGCACGGGACGUGGCCCGGUUCGGAAGGCAGUGCCCUGAUGCGUCCCUGCACGGCCUCUAUGCGCUCUUCAACAGGUGUGCCCCUUUGCUGCCGUUUCAUUCGCUGCCGUGGCAUGCUGGGGCAUGGUGGGGCAUGGGGGAUAAGGCGCGCCAAGAGGAGCAGCAGAAGGAGGGAAGGGGGGAGGGUAAGGAGGACGAAACGGAGGAGGGAAUUGGUGAGGGAAAGGAGGAAGGAAAGGAGGAGGGGAAGAAGGAGGGGGUGGAGGAGGGGGGGCAGGGAGCAGUGAUGGUGGUGUCGCAGGAGGAAGGGCUGGAGGUGGUCAGAUGGCUCGAGCAGCAUGCUUCGCUUGCAUCUGAGCUGUACCAUGAGAUCACGAGCAUAGAGCACAUGUACAAGGCGUUGCAGAAGCGCCUCAACGAGAAGCGCUCCACAUCCAAGCCCAGCAUCAUCCGAGACCUGAUCGAGCACAUGCGGUCGGAGCUCGAUGCCAAGAAGGACGCAGUCAACAACAAGCGGGGGGUAGCAUUUGGACCAUGCCCUUGGACGAGGUGGGGAGGGCUGGUGUGGAGGAAUAGGGGGGUUCGAGGGGGGGAUGAGGAGGCGGGAUAUGAGAACGUGCAGGUCCCUUUUUUUUCUCUCCUUGUACGCUCCCUCAUUCCGUUCCCAUCACAUCACAUCGCAGUACUUUUCCCUGUUCCUCCUGCUCUCGCUUCUUCCUUGUCCGCUGCCCAUCUAUUUCUCUCCCCUCACUUCGGAUUGUCCCGUUGCCUGUGCCUCACUCACCUCACCCAUGUGUGCGCUGAUGGGUGGGUGUGCUGUGCUGGGCAGGUGGUGGUGAAGCUAAGGGAUGCAGUGAUCUUCCUGCAUGGUCGCAUACACAUUGUCUUUGGCAAGCACGCGCGUGUGGCGGCGCCGUUCAUGGAGGCGAGGGAGAGGGUGCAGACGGGGGCGGAGCGCAUGCUGGGCGAGGUGGGCAUGGACCUGCACUACGCCAACAUCGUCACCAUGAUCGAUAAGAUUGUGACGGCGAGGUCAGUGGAGCACCACAGGGAGGCGCUGUACAGCGCGCUGCCGCGGAGGGUGGUGCACGUGCUGCGGCGGCGGCUGGUGCAGUCAGAGGACGUGGCGCAGAUGGGCACCGACGCUCUGCUGGCCCGGCUGGAGGGCGUGCUGGACUGGCUUGCUACCAUGGCUGAAAACACCAUCAAGAUCGGAGUGGACCGGCGGUUGCAGGGGCACACGGAGAUCUCCCUCCUAGAGACUCUCUACCACGUGGAUGAGAAGAAGCUGCAGGCGUUGCUCGUAGACCUACUGGUGGACCUGCAGCACUAUGCCAGCAGGGAGGACGCAGACGACCCUGAGUACGCGUGGGCGCCCAUUCCCCGCUUCGCCAUUGUCGCUGCUGUUCCCACCUGCGGGGAGGGCGAGGAGAUUGCUGCUGAAGCGUCCGCGGAUGGGAGCAUUCACGCGUCUGUGGAGGUAGCAACUGGGAAAGGCGUGACCAUUUCAACUGCAUCUUCUUCUUCUGCUGCUGCUGCUGCUGCUGCUUCUGCGGCUGAUGCCGCUGCUGCUGCCGCUGCCGAUACUGAUGCUGCUAAAACUGUUCCCGCUGCACCUGCCUCAGCUGCUGCAUCUAACCCCGCUGCCCCUGCUGCGCCAGACGCCCUGCUGCCUCUGCAGUGGAGGACAUCCCAGAGCCUCACACCCCAACCUUCCCGCUCACCCCGCUCACCCCGUCAAGCGUUCCUUGGAGCGCCUUCUCUCCCCUCUCCAAGCCCAUGUCUGCACCACGAGGAGGGGGCAGCAGCAGCAGCAGCCGCAGCAGCAGCGGCAGCAGGAGCAGCAGCAGGAGCGGCAGCAGGAGGAGCGGCAGCAGCAGCAGGAGGAGGUGUGGGAGGAGCGGGAGGAGGAGGAGGGAGUUUGGGGGGGUCGCGUCGGGCCGGGCCUCCCCUGCCAAUCCGCGUGUCCUUCCCAUCCAGCAAGUCUGUUUCCGGCUCCACUGCCUUUGACUCUUCCAACCCCAAAUCCCCGGCCUCCGUCUCUGCAGUAUCAGACACUGCGCUCUCUGUCUCAGGCCCAAACACGCCUACUCCUCUGUACGGCAGCAACUCGCCUCUCUCCGCCUCCUCGCCAGCCUUCACUCCCUCUGGCACUUCUGAGGCUGGUAACAGCGUCACUGGAAGCAUCACGCCGGGAUCGUUUGCAGGUACCACCAGCGGCGCUGCUGCGCGCACUGCCUCUGGGGGCAGCUCUCUGGCACCGUCGCGUGCGGCUGUUCGCUUUGCCAGCGGCGCCAUCCCCCGCCCGCACCACCCCGACAGCCGCAGGCGCAGCCGCAGCAUCAACCGCGCCACCAAGUCUGCGAGCUCAGGCGCUCACAUCACAGUCGGAGGAGCGGUGGGAGGAGGAGGACCAGGGGGCUCAGGAGCAGCCGCAGGCGGGGCAGGAGGAGGAGCGGGAGGUUACCAUGUUGCCAUGUCGCUUCCUGCGGCGAUGGUACCAGGAGCAAAGGGAGGAGCCAAGGGGCCGUUCAGUGGGUACGGCUUCCCUGUGAACCCCAUGCACAGCUUCGAGCUGCCUUCGCACCGCCGCACCUUGACCCCCCAACCGCUCCGCCUGUCAAUCCUCUCAGACUCGCCGUACCACGGGGGAGGCAUGGGCACGCCUGGAUUCUCAAGCUCCAGGGGAGGAGGGUUUUCCGAGAAUGCACCGUCCCCGUUGGCGCAGCUUGUGGCAUCGGCUGCAGUGGAGGAGGGAGACGAGGACGCGAUACACGCCAUGGCGUCGCCGCUGCCGCAGUGGCUGCCUGUGUCGUCGGCGUUUAGGGAGGAGGAGGAGGAGAGGCUGCGGUCGCGCGCGUUCUCCACUGCCAGUCCCACGCCUGGUACCCCCACGGUGGUGCCGAGAGUGCUGAGCAGAGCCAUGCGCAAGUCCAUGACUGAGUGGGAGAUGGGUCCCAUGGCUGAUGCGCUCACUUUGGAGAGUGCCGGUGGUAGCGACGACAGGAUUGAUGAUGAUGAGAAUGGUGCCAUGCUCAUUGCUGCUGCUGUGGGCGGCAGCUUGCUUACUGAUGGGCUGGGUGGGGAGGACGAGCGGGGAGACGCGAGUGAAGGGGGUACGAGUGUGGGGCCAAGUCCGAGGGUGGCGGAGGUGGGAAGGGAGGGCAAGGAUCCAGGGAAAGGAGUGGCGGUGAAGGGCGCGGGGAGUGAGGUGAAGCCGUUUUGA